AUCAUUCAAAUGGAUUUAUUGCAUCAGUGAAUGACGUAUGCUGUUUACGUCGACGCAGAUAUUAGAGAGAGGGAUGUUUUCAAAUCAAUUUUAUUUUGUAAUUAAAGAAUACAAGUUUGCAAUAGCUCUGUGUUUACUGGACUGGAUGUUAUCUCGUAAAUACCUUGAAGAAUGUCAGUAAACAGUCGUGAAUGAACGUGUCCCAUCAGGCUGUUGUCAAGUAUUUGUGAGUAAUACUAAGUAUUGUAUCAGAGUGCAUGUAGAGAUAAACAUGCUGAGCCGUCAGACUCCUCCUCCGCCUUCCUCUUCAUCUUCCUCUUCCUCCGGUUGGUUGGUCCACUUCUUUCUUUUGAAGUGCAGCGGCGGGUCAAAGUGUGCUUUUGCUCUAAUUGAGCCUCAGCCAAUCAACAACAAGUCGUUAGCAGUCCGACCUCUCUCGCUUCUGCUUCUGCUGCCCGCUCGGGACUCGUCUUUCCUCUCCGCGCGACGCUCCGGUUCGGUUCGGUCCGGCGGGUGCUGCUUGCGAGCGUUUGCAUGGAUCUUUUUGGAGGACGGGCUGCAGCGAGCAUGCCAGCGAGACCCGCUUUCGAGAGGCUCUAAAAAAAAAUUUUAAGCGCGGACGAACACUGCAGAAAGAACCGAAAGAACUUUUCCGGUCAAUCGUCGAUGACGUCCAGCAAAGACAUGAAGGCGGGAUCCGCGUUGCAGUCCAGCGGCGAGGACAGGAGGCGGGCUCCCCUGGACCAGCUGCCCCCGCCGGCCAACUCCAACAAGCCGCUGACGCCCUUCAGCAUCGAGGACAUCCUCAACAAGCCCUCCGUCAAGAAGAAGCCCACCACCACCUCCCCCUCCGUCACGUGUCCGCCGAGGGUGCUGGACAAGGUGGCCGCCUCCAACGCUGCCAGGAACGGCCUCAGCACGCCCUCCUCCCCGCUGUGCGCCCUGGAGGAGCUCGCCAGCAAGACCUUCAAGGGCCUGGAGGUCAACGUCAUUCAGGCGGCAGAAGGUCGCGAGCACAUGAACGCCUUCGGCCAGAGGCAGACGUCCAAGAAGAGGAGGAAGUCGCGGACGGCCUUCACCAACCACCAAAUCUACGAGCUGGAGAAGCGCUUCUUGUACCAGAAGUACCUGUCCCCCGCAGACCGGGACCAGAUCGCCCAGCAGCUGGGCCUGUCCAACGCCCAGGUCAUCACGUGGUUCCAGAACCGGCGCGCCAAGCUCAAGCGAGACCUGGAGGAGAUGAAGGCCGACGUGGAGUCCCUGAAGAAGAUCACCCCGCAGACUCUGCAGAAGCUCGUCACCAUGGAGAACGUGGACGAGGCCCAGGCUGGACCGGGCGGACCGGGGUCGCAGUCCCCCUCUGAUGGACACAUGAGGGUCUUCCCACAGUCCCCCUCCUCGUCCCGAGGCCAAACUACGGACGAGUUCUCUGAGGAUGACGAGGAGAUCGAAGUGGAUGAUUGACAGGUUUUUGUUGGGGGGUUUUUCAAAAAAAAAAAAAAAAAACAAGGGCAUUUUUCCCCCAAACUUUUGCACGGAUUUUGUCUAAAAAAAAAAAAAAGGAGCGUAAAUGAAAACAUUUUAGGAUGUUUUUUUUCUCCCUUCGUUUUAAUUUAUUGUCAAGAAAGACGGACAGACACUUUUUUUUAUGAAAGCUCACUUUUUUUCAAGGACAAAUGGACACGUGGUGCUUCAGGAGGGACAUUGGACACCUUUUUGUGGAUGAAUGCUUACCUAAAACUGUCUGCGAGCAUUAUUAUUAUUAUUAUAAUGAACCUUUUACACUCUGUGUAUAUAUACAAUAUAUAUAUAUAUAUAUAUAAAGGUGAAGUGUAUU